CAGGUGCUGCCAAGAUCACAGCCCAGAAGUGGGUACGAGUUCUUGCUGCUGUCUGUGUUGUCGGGCUGCUCGGCGGGGUUGCUGUUGGAAUGUGGUUUCUAGCAGUUGAAGGGCUUCUUAGGACCGACACAGGUCAGAGCCCGACUGGACUGGGGAAUGCUAAGGAGACAUCCUUCUGCAAUGUGACGGAGGACAUCUCCGCGGCAGACACCAGGAAAGUGUUUUACAGAAUCAGCCCGGAGAACUCCCUCCUGGAGAUCCAGCUGGAGGAGCUGCAGGCCUGGCUGCCCGUUUGCUACGAGAGCUUUAACGCCUCCCUGGGGACGCUGGUUUGCCGGCGCCUGGGCUACCUGAGGUUAACCAAACACAAAGGCGUCAACCUGGGGGACGUCAGACCCGAAUACACACAGGGGUUUCUGCAGAUUACCCCCGAGUAUAAAAACAGUCCGGAGAAUAUUUGGCAAUUCAGUGAGAGCUGCAUAUCUGGCAAGAUCAUAGCCUUGAAAUGCUUCGAGUGUGGGACAUACUCCAAACUGCCAAGGAUUGUCGGGGGGCAUGAGGCCCCGCUGGGCAGAUGGCCCUGGCAGGUCAGCCUCUACUACAAUGAGCAGCACACCUGCGGAGGGUCCAUCAUCACCAGGCUGUGGGUGUUGACUGCUGCACACUGUGUGCACAUGGACGGCCGAUGGCUCAGUGGCUCAGGUUACAGGCUCCCCCCUGGCUGGGUCGUGUAUGCCGGCAUGGUGACCCGAAGCUCAGGCAGGCUGUCCCAGCACACCGGACACUUAGUGGAGAAGAUCAUCUGGAACAAGAACUACAACCACAGGACUCACGACAGCGAUGUUGCCCUGAUGAAACUGAAGACGCCGCUGAAUUUUACCGACACCGUGAGGCCGGUGUGUCUCCCUCGGUAUGAGCAGGAGUUUCCCGGGGGCACACAGUGCUGGGUCUCAGGCUGGGGCCACACCAGCCCAGAUGAUGAUGUCCUUUCCUCUGCUGCAGUUCAUAUCCCUGACACUCUUAAGGAGGCCAUGGUGCCCCUAAUUAGCAUGAAGAAGUGCAACAGCUCCUGCAUGUACAAUGGCGAGAUCACUCCCAGAAUGCUGUGCGCCGGAUACACAGAAGGCAAGGUGGACACAUGCCAGGGGGACAGCGGGGGGCCGCUGGUGUGCCAGGAAGAUGGCAUGUGGAGGCUCGUGGGCGUGAUCAGCUGGGGGACAGGCUGUGCUGAACCCAACCAGCCCGGCGUCUAUAGCAAGGUGGUCGAGUUCCUGGACUGGAUAUACAACACCAUGGAGAGUCACUGAAGAGGACAACGCCAGCGCAUGAAGACCUCAGUGAGGACGGCCGGUUUUUGUGUUCGAUCCAGCAGCACCUGAUUGAGUUCGUGGUGGUGCCUCCCUGCUGAGACGGAGAGGUUUUCUCAGGACAGACUGUCAGGUGACCCAAGAAGCAAGAACUACACCCUGAUGAAGACCGAUGCACCAAACCAGAAAAAAUUACCCUAAAUUAGCAACUGCAAUUUCCUGUAAUCAUUUCUAUUCAUGAAUCACUGAUCUCAUCCUGUCCAGCCUCAGUGCUGUAAUUGUGGGCCAGAUAUGCAAGGAAUUUCCUGAAGUGCAUUAAAGGCAGAAAAAUGUGGAUUUCCCUGUCAUGCCCACAUCGAGCCACGCCCAGGUGGGUCACCUGAUUACCUGUAGCUCAUCCACCUGCCUAUCAUGGAUUAAAAGGACCUGCUUUAUCAAUGAACCUCUUCUUAUCUAUUGAGUAUCCCACUACAUUAUUUGUCUUAUGAUGUGGUUUUGGCUUUUGACUCCUGUCUGUCCCACUGGCUUUCUUGGUUUUUGGUUCUCCUUCAGGCUUAUUUGUCCUGCAUCACAAGAUUCAAGAUUUUUUUUUUCUUAUUAGUCACAUGCAUGAAUGUACUGAUACGCCAGCAGCGAACUCCAGACUGUUCACCGCUUGGAUCCCCCUCCCGUCCAGUCAUUACACUUACUUUGUAUUUCCUGUGAAAAGAUCCUAGUUGUGGUGAUAUUUUAUUUUCAACAGUUAUGAAUGUAUGUAUGAUUCUUUUAUAUUUCAUUGUAACUGUGAAGACACAGGUUAUUUAAUAAUAAUCAAAUAUAUUUUAUAAAUAUUGGUCAAAUAUCCUGGUACAUUUUAGGAUUGAAGAAACU